UCAGUAAUUAGCUUGGCUUCCAGCAAAGCCAUGCUUCAGCAUCUUGGAGAAGAACAUAUCACGACUACAUCACAUCUGUUGUAAAAUUACAUUUUGUUUUCAGUUCCCUGACAGAGAUGGGCGAGAUCAGUGAAGCGUCCUUACUGGAAUACAUCUGUUCCUCUGGAGGAAAAGUCAAAAAUUCAGAUCUGUCCAAAACAUAUAAGCAUUUUAUAAACCAUAGCGAUUUGCAGCUACGUGCCAAAUACAGAGAAGAGUUCAAACUCAUCAUUGAUCGAAUUGCGGUGGUGAAAUCGGAGCAUGGAGAGAAAUAUCUCGUCCUCAAGAAGAAGUAUAGACAGCAAAUGCAAGAGCGAGAGUCUGGCGCUGGAAAGAGAGGAGAAUCAAUCAAGCCGGUUCAUCCGAACCCACAAAAUGAUCUCCGGGUCUCCAAUCCAGUGCAGAACCUUAACCCAACAGCUCAGAAACCAGCACUGGUGGCCUGGUGCUCAGGACCCAUGAUUACAGUCACAGAGGCACCAGAACCGACUCGUACAGAUGUUCAGGCAGACAGCACCCUCUCACCGCCAGCAGCAGAGGAGAAACCAGAGGAGCUUUCAGCCUCAGACCGAGAAGAUGAACUCGACAAGGAUUCAGGGUCAAAGAGUGAAUCCGAGCAGGAUGAGGAUGGAGGCAGUUUGGGAUCCACCGCUGUGGCUCUUGAUCCUCUUGAGAAAGAGUGGAUCUUCUCUGCAGCAAGUGGCAAACUGUCUCACCUCACUCAGCUCCUGAAGCAAGACUCCUCCCUGGCCAAUAAAAAGGACUUCACCUCAGUAAGUUUACAGCGCUACACUGGGCUGCGAAACAUGGUAAAGAAGACAUGACCAAUAUGUUGGCAGAAGCAGGGGCUGACAUCAAUAUAAAAGCACAUGGAUACACACCGUUACACAUCGCAGCACUGCACGGCCAUCGACAUAUAUUUGACCUGCUGGUCAGGACAUAC